AUGGAGAUUGGCCCUGGUAGCUCCAUCAAGUGGGGUGUCUAUCGUGAGGGCGUCCGCUUCCAGCUGCCGCGAUUCGAAUCGCUCAAGCGCGAAGGCCCUGCCUUGAUACAGGCUUAUCAAGACGUGCUCGACAAGGAUGAAACAUUUACUCAGUAUUUCUCCGAUGAGCGCCUUCAGAGCUAUGACCUGGAGUCAAAUUUGAGAACGCUCCUGGGUAUUCGUCCUCCGCUCGUGGACGAGCCCCAAGGAUCCGACAGUCAAAGCGAUGUAUCGCUCAGCUGGGUCAACAUCUUCCGACACGGCAAGUUCGAGAAGAGAGACGAUGGCUUCUACCAGUGCCGAAUGCAGGGACGACUAGUUAAGAUUGAUGAGACAAUGCACAAGACUAUUCUAGUCAAUCGGUGCUUCCUCCCACCAAACUCGGACCCCUAUGUUAGCGCUGCGGACGUGGAGAAGGAGUCGGAAGUCAAUCUGUCGAUCGAAGCAGACGUGCUGAAUGAACUUCACAUUCAGAUUAAAUAUGUUGAGCGACUCAAGCGACUGCAGCAAUCACUGAAGAAGCGUCGCCACAGGCUGCGAGGCGAUCAAGCCCCAGCAUCUAUCAAAAGAUCAGGCACUCCUCAAAGCCUUCGAAGCAACUACCCUAGCCCGACCGAAUCAGGUCUGAGACUACCAGUCCUUUCUCACGCUGCCAGUGAUUCCCAGCCCGGAUCUCGUGUCUCUAUCUCAGCUGAGCCAUCAGUAGGCCUCACGAAGCCGGCCACCUCGAUCGGGUCUCAGGAGACACAGGAACGGAGCGCAUCCCCAUCCUCAUCGGAUGUGUCGACUGGGGAGGAUAUACCUUUUUCUCGAGAUCACAAUAGCUUAAAGAGGAAAAACAUGAGUUCGGACUAUGAGGAGACUGUUGACGUGGACUGGGAUACACAGCACCAGACGCCAGCGCCAUGCAAUGCAUCUACCCCGUUGGUCUCUGCUUCCAAGGGGAAGGAACCGCUGGCUCCCGAGGAGCGCAAUACAAUGGUUGAUGACAGCUAUGCAGUGGCUGAGAGUCGCGGUACAACGGCUGAAGGUCGCGAUACAACGGUCGGAGACAGCGAUGCAGUGGUUGCAGACAGUGAUGCAAUGGAGGCUGACGGACCCAGCGAGGUCCCAAAGCCAGUGGCACCAAUCCCACCCGUCAAGCAGCCCAUGCCUAAACCUGAAACACCCCGCAAGAGCAAGCGAACCCUGAACUGGGCCGCAAGCUCUUUACGCCAAGAAUAUGAGAACGCAGGCCAGCCAAUCGACCUCACCUCAAGUCCAGCCCCAAGCUUUGAAGCCACACAAUUCGGCUCAGGCAUAGCUGAACGGCAGGGGGGCAUCACGCCAGUUCCCCCGCGCACAGGGACAGUAUCUAUGAAGAUCAAGCCGAAAAAAGCCAAGAGCCAUAAGAAAGGCGUCCGAGUCCGAAACAACUUUACUCAGGAAGAGUUUGACCACGCGCCAGCCUGGCUGAAACCCCGAUUGGACGCCGGCAUGUCCCCAGCAAAACUCGAGCAAGAGUAUGAGGCAAAGUUUGGGGUUCUGCACCGCUACAAUACCUUGAAACUUUGGUUGGACCGACAGGAAGCAAAAGCCUCUCCCAUCAAGGCACCCAACACCCGCCUGGCAAGCACGCUCACCAAGAUUGUGCCAACGCCGGAGUACGACCGCGCGAUGCCCUCACCUGCCGUCUCUAGUUUUCGCCCUAUCAAUCCUUCGCCCUACGUGUCCCCGUAUCCCCGCCCCUUGUCCUCGGAGCCUAACCAGGCCUCCCUGAUGGAAAAUAUGCCCCCCUCUGCUCAAUUGUCAACCCCGAUACCGACCCAGAGCUCCUCGCGGAAAGAACAUAUACCCCCAUCUGCUAUGCCCCCAUCUGCUGAACUACCAACCCCCAAGUCAGCCCAGAGCUCUUCGCUGACUAAAAUAAUGCCCUCAUCCGUUGCACAUUCUACCCCGACACCAGCUCAGAGCUCCUUGCUGACGGGAAACAUGCCUUCAUAUGCUGAACGAUCGACCUCCAUGCCAACCCAGAGCUCGUCACUCGCGGAAAAAAGGCCCUCAACUUUUCAACGGCCAACCCCGAUGCCGAAUGGUCUGCCAAACCCGGAAUAA